AAUUGAAGGACAUCCUCUUAGGAUUCUGAGAGAAAUUGUUUGCUAAUCCAAGGUGUACCUUGGGAAGUAUGGGGCUGGAAAUGCUGCUACCAUGGACUGUUGAAGCUGAGUUUGGAAUCAGCUGCUCUUUCCCACUGGAUGCUACUGUGUGUUUGGGCUCUUCCUUUAGCUUUUGGUCAGGGGUGCCACUAGUUUUUAGAGGCUGUUUGGCCACUGCCGGGACUACUCUGGACAGAUUGCCGGAUCCUGUGUGGCUCAUUGGCAUUGAUUUGCUGGUACUUGAAGGUGGUCUACUAGAUGAAGACAAAUCACUUAAAAACUUCUUCUCAUCAGCCUCCCUAUAUCUCCCUUCUCGAUCUAAAACCUACCCUCUUCUCAUCCGCCUCCCUUCCCGACUCUCUCUCCCUUCCGCCGCGACUUCUCUCUCCCUCCGCCGGCGUCCGUCUCCCUCUGCCGGCGUCCGUCUCCCUCCUCAUCAACUCCAGCAGCGCCGCCCUCCUCCUCGCAAUUGUGAGAUUGCAAUUCACGAUUGCAACUCCAGCGGUGCCGGCUCUCAAUUGAGAUUGCAACUCCAUCGGCCUCCUCCUCUCACGAUUGCCUCUCAAUUCACGAUUGAUUGCAGACCUUUGGCCCACCUCUUCUCCUGCAGAUGUGUGCAGAUGUGGUCUGCAGACUGCAGACCUUUUUCUACAGAAAAAACAAAUAGCACCGUAGACAUUGCCUCUACUUGAAAAUAGAAAUAAUGUUUCCAAGAGAUCCUCAAAAAACUUAAAAGUAAAAAGUUUUUUAAAUGAACACACCCGUUCGCAAUAGAUCCUCUCAAGGUGACUUUUUUAAAAAAAUAUAAAAAAAUUAAUAAAAUAUUCUUAGGUUC